ACGGUGAAGAGACCUCGCAAGGUGGUGCACUCAAUGACCCAGCCUCCGUCCCCGGGCGGGGACAGUCGCGUGUACACCCCCUCCAACCACUACUACGACGCUGACAACGACAACGGCUGGUACCGCGAGCAGAGCCGCGAGCACGCCGUGGACAGCAAGGUGUACCUGGACCCCGACUACAGGGGAGGCCAGAGGGCCAGGAGCCGGGGCAGGAGCCCGGAGAAGACCUCGCCCAGCCCCGACCGGUCCAGGAGGGACGGCAGCCGGGGACGGGCCCUGGACACCAGCGCCGAGCGCCAGCGGUACCACUGCCGAGGUCGCAGCCCCGCUGAGGACAAGUACGAGCGCGGAUAAGGAGGGGGAGGAAAGGCGGGGAGGUACAAGAGCCGGGAGCAGCUCAACGACAAGCCGCUCUCCCCAGAGCUCUCCCCUAGAC